AUGGAGGGCAUAAAUGAUGUCAACAUGGACAAAUCAGAUGAGAUCAUCAUGCCGGGGUUCCGGUUCCAUCCUACCGAUGAAGAGCUCGUUAGUUUCUACCUCAAGAAGAAGAUCCAGCAAAAGCCUAUCUCUAUUGAGCUCAUCAGGCAGCUGGACAUCUACAAGUUUGACCCGUGGGACCUCCCAAAGCUUGCGAGCACCGGUGAGACGGACUGGUACUUUUACUGCCCAAGGGACCGGAAAUAUCGCAACAGCGCGAGGCCAAACCGAGUCACAGCAGCUGGGUUCUGGAAAGCCACAGGGACAGACAGGCCGAUCUACUCCUCCGAGGGCACCAGGUGCAUAGGCCUGAAGAAGUCCCUUGUCUUCUACAGAGGCAGAGCAGCAAGAGGGAUCAAAACCGACUGGAUGAUGCAUGAGUUCAGGCUUCCUUCACUAACCGAUCCAUCACUUCCCAAGAGACCGAUCGACAAGAACAUCCCGCUCAACGACUCUUGGACCAUAUGUAAGAUCUUCAAGAAGACCAGUUUGAUGGCACAACAAAUGGCGCCGUCCCACACUUGGGGGCCUCCACUACCUGAGACAACUGAGCAAGAUCUCUUCUCCGCAAUGCAACCGAUGCAAGCUUCAAAUUUUGCUUCACAGAGCUCCUUCUGCUCAUCGCAAGUUGCAGAGGCACCAGCAAGUCAGUUCAUAAGCUUUAACUGCAAUCCAUCUCUGGAACUGGAAGGUCCCACCAUCUUGCCAUUCCAAACACAGCCAUCACAGAAGCCCGAGCACACUGCACCGCCGCUCUUCAACAUGCAGUUUGGGCAGCCUGAGCAGCAGAUCACUGGAUUUCUGGCUGAUUCUUCUGCAGAUGUAAAUGUCGGCAUGAGCAGCAGGAACCAAGAUUCAUCCACAAUGAAGCAUGGCAAUACUUUCAGUAUGAACAAUGAGUUGGACGCUCCGGGGAGACUCAACUUCCCAUUCGAUUUAGGAGCAGACUCUUUAGAUGACUGGAAGUGCAACAUACCUUGGGAAUCCUUUCUUAGCCCAACUGUCCCUGCUGAGAUGCCACAGUACUAG